AAUUGUGACAAAAGAAAAAUAUUAGUCGUAAGAAGCUUUAAAUGGUAGUUGGUUGAUGAGGGUUUCAUUUCUUUCCAUCCUUCUUCUUAAGCACUAAGCUUUCUUGAAAACAAACCCCCACCACCACCACCACCACCAUCACCAUCACCACCAUCUCUAGCACCACCUCUACCUUUAUUUAAAACCCAAAUCUGAACUGAUCAAAGCAAAAGCUAUAGACACCUUUUAAAACAAGAUAUUCUCUUCUUUUUCUGGUAUUUUGUGUCAUUUAGAAUCCUUAAAAAUGGAGGUUUAUCCAUACCCAUCUCGUUUUUCCAUGUCUUCAUUGUGUUCUUUUGGGAAUUUUGUUGAUAAGGUUAAAGAAGUUUGUAACUUCGUUGUUUCAGCUAUUAUUGGCAACAUAUUCUCUGCGAUCUUCACCUUUUUCUUUGCAUUAGUGGGCACUUUGUUAGGAGCCAUGACUGGGGCAUUGAUAGGCCAAGAAACUGAAAGUGGGUUUGUUCGAGGGGCUGCAGUUGGAGCCAUAUCAGGAGCUGUUUUCUCAAUUGAAGUAUUCGAGUCAUCUCUUGUUCUUUGGCAAUCAGAUGAAUCUGGGAUAGGCUGUGUCCUUUACUUGAUUGAUGUUAUCGCAAGCCUUCUUAGUGGACGACUUGUUCGUGAGCGCAUUGGUCCUGCUAUGUUAAGUGCAGUACAAAGUCAGAUGGGUGCUGUGGAAACAAAUUUUGAGGAGAUCCCAAACAUCUUUGACACUGGUGGUUCCAAGGGAUUACCUGGAGAUUCUCUUGAGAAGAUCCCGAAGAUCAGAAUCACAAGCAAUAACAAUGUAGAUGAAUCAGGAGAGAAAGUCUCUUGUUCAGUUUGCCUUCAGGACUUUCAGCUGGGAGAGACGGUUAGAAGCUUGCCUCAUUGUCAUCACAUGUUUCACCUACCUUGCAUAGAUAAGUGGCUACUUAGGCAUGCAUCCUGCCCUCUGUGUAGAAGGGAUCUGUGAUGUUUUUGUAAAUUAUGGGAUGAGAAAUGUUUCUUUUGAUGUGUAUACAGGCAUUACCAUUCUUGGCUUCUGUCUUCUGUUUAUUAUCAGCAGAUGAUUAGUUACUCUGUUGCUGUUCAUUUGAGCAUGCCAUGCCAUUGGCCAAAUCCUUGUACUAGAUCUAGUUAUUUGUAUAAAAGUUUUGGUUCUUCUA